CAGUCUUGAUGCUGCGUCGUCUCCCUCAAGUUUCUUGUUGAGGGCAGCGAUUUGCUCAUUUUGGAGUCGGAUUUGAGCAUCUUUUUCUUCUCCAUCUUUCAUUAAUUUUUGGAGUAGGCUAUUCAUUUCAGCAAGUUGUUCCUCAACUGUCUUAGCCGAAGUCACCAUAACAGCAGCAGUGUUCGACUGAGAGAGUAAGGGUUCCUCUAAGUUGAUAAUCUUUAGAGGCGAUGAGUCAACAAUGUCAUCACUUGUCUCAUCGUCACUCCCCACAUUGAGUGGGUCAAAGAGGGGCUAGUGUGGACAGUCAGUCUGUCUGACUUAUCAGAUGAGAGUUGCUUCCAUAUUUGAGAAGCAAUCAAUGAUGGCUCACGUUCAGCCAAAGCGAUUGAGCCAAACACAGGGGUUUCACGCUCCUUGUAUGAGCCAUGCACGACAGAUGAUUCGGUAGCAAUAGGCUUAGAGAGCUUUCUUGGCCUGGUAGGAACGUUCGCAGUUCGGAGCUUUGCAGCGGCGGCAGCAAUAGCAGCCUUCUUCAUUCCUCUGGUACGAAAACCAAGAGUCAUAUCAUCCAUAUAAUCACCCAACGUUACAGAUUUUCGUGGGGUGUCAGCAGAUUUUCAGAAGAUUGAGAGAUGUUCUUGCUUGAGGCCAUUUCUCAGAUUUGUUGUUGAUGACGAAACAGAGAUGAGAGGCAGAGAUGGUCCCACCGAGCGUGCCAAAAUCUGUAUACACAAAAUUUCGAGUCGAAAUAAAUAAGACGAGAAAUAAAGUAACAAAGAAAUUAUAUUUCAAUAAAUGUAUUGAGUACAAUCUCUGUAAACAGUUUAUAAUGAAAAAUAAACUAAGUCCUCUGAUUCUGUUUCGUAGCUUGAGAGUGACACGUGUUGGUGUCGACGUGGAGUUGAAUGUAGACUGACCUGUUGUCAACGUCAAUUUGAGUUUGAGUGUGGGAUGACGUUUUGUCGACGUCAACCUGAGUUUGAGUUUUGUUUGGGUAUAUUCGAAUGAGGGCUGACAAAGCUUGAAUCUCAGUCGAAUAUGUUUGGGUGUAUUUAAAUAGUCGGCACAGUUUUGAUGUGCUUGUUGACUAAUUGCAGAGAGAAUUCUAAGAGAAUUUUAUGAGCUCUUGAGAAUAAUGAUUUUUCCGUCCCCUCAACUGAGAGAUGUGAGGUCUAUUUAUAGGGAAUGGAGAUCCCUUCAUGGACUUGGUAAUUUAUGGGUUUGGGCCCGUUUAUGACUUGGAAGUCUUUUUACCUUUGCCACUUGACCACCUUAUUUGGACUAAUAAUCUGGGCUAGCCCAAUACUUUAUAACCCAAAUUGUAUUUGUUUAAUCUAAUUUGGAUAUGUAAUUUGAGUGGGCUAAAUUAAUUAAAUUGGGCUAAUCAUAUUUAUUUUAGCUCAAUGAUAAUUAAUUUAUUUUCAUGUAAAACACUAAUAAAUUUUUAGUGUCUACAAUAUGAUAUACACAUAUGCAAAAAAGCUAGUGGCUUAUAGAAGGAAGAUUAGGACAUCGGUGAAUUAUAAGCACGAAUUGCGGGUUUGUACCGAUGUAUCGUUACAUAGUGGCACUUCGCAGUUCGCACACAGCCUAGACACAGCAAACAAAAAGUCAAACAUUCAAAAGUUAUAUUGUCAAUAUAUAUAUUAAACAAAACAAAAAAACCUAAAAUCAAACUCUUUGACAAUUUCAACAAGUCAACCUAUUCCAAUCAAAAUCCAUAAAAAAAACCAAAAAUUUAUUUCUUCUCCACCACAUUCCUCCUCUUAAAGCCACUAUACAUUUCCUCAACUCUCCUACAUAAAUAGCUACUCAAUGCAAUAUUAUACCUCAUCACCAAACUAGUCCAUUUUUUAUUUUUGCCUUGAUGAAAUUAAUGAAAUAGUUGUUAUAAAAGUUACAUAUACCAAAUAAAUUCCAAAAAAAAUGAUGAGUGAGUUCAGUUUUGAUAGAACAAGUGACUGGGAUUUGCAUGCUGUAGUCAAAGGAAGAUCAAUCACUACUACUACCAACACCAUGUACAACAUCAUGCCUUCUUAUGAUGCUUGGAUUGAAUCAUUGAGCAAUGAAAAUGAGGCGGUCGAAUUCAACGAGCUUCAACAACUUAGUUGUGAAAGUUCAUCAACAAUAUCUCCACAAAAAAUCGUUGAUAGUUCUUCUUCAAUGAUGAUGAGCUUUGAUUUGUACACUAAAAGUCCAACACAUGAACCAAAGGAGAAACCAAUCGACAAUCAUACUCGAGCUAUAACUAUAUCGAAAAGAAGGAAAAACAAACAUAAGAUCAUUAAGGUGGUUCAACAAGAAGGUGGAGAUCGUGUUUUGUGUGAUAAAUGGAACUGGAGGAAAUACGGCGAAAAGGUCAUCAAGGGCUCACCUUAUCCAAGGAGCUAUUAUAGAUGCAGCUAUCCAGGAGGAUGUUCGGCUAGAAAACAAGUGGAACAAAGCACUAGUGACCCAGGAUUAUUCCUAAUAACCUACAUGGAAGAACAUAAUCAUCCUUAUCCGACUCGUCGCCAUUCUCAAGCUGGACGUUCUGCUCGAAGGUUUAAUAAUAACCAUGCUACAUCCAAAGCUAUUACGACGAACGAGUCACAAAACACUUUAAAUUUGGUGAGGUCGUCUACAAACUUGGAACCAUCACUGAAUAAUGAUGGAGUUUUUGCCCUAAGAGGUGAUGAUGAUGAUGGAAGUGCUGGAUUUGUAGGAGAAAAUGAUGAUUUUUUUGCAGGUUUAGACUAUUUGGAAGGAUUACAUAUGGACUUCUAUAAUUAAUCAAACUUAAUGGGAUUCUAAUGAAUCAUAUUGAUCUAUCUUUUCACGUUGGAUAUAUGUUUCUUGAUGAGCACAAGUCAUUAAAUCAAUAUGGUGUUGUAAUUAGAUAGAUAUGAUUAGUGUUAAUUCAUUUGAAGGCAUGGCAUGCUUUUUGUUAGAAUUUGGGGGAACUUAUAUAUGUACUGUUAGAUGUUGUAAAGAUAGCCGCCUCAUGAAACUUUCUUCAUUUACAUGUACACUAGCCUUACAUGCA